CAUGUUUUUCUGUGUCUCAGAAUUCAAUUGUGUUUGCAAUCUUUCUCCCUGUGUCUAAUGAUAAUGACUGAAAUCGCCCUCACCAUCCUUAGCCCUGUCAUUGAGGAGGCAAUUUCCAAAACAGUUUCAUUUCUUAAAAAACGAAUCGGAAUUGCGGUGGGUUUGGAAAAGGAGCUUGAUAGGCUUCGCGACUCUCUUAUUCUCAUUCAAUCUGUCAUCCAACAUGCAGAGGAAAGGCAAGAAGGUGACCCAGCUAUAAGGCACUGGCUACAGAAGCUGAAAGACGUAGCUUAUGAGGCAGUCGAUGCAUUGGGUGACUUUGAGUACAAGGUUCUUAAGAACAAAGUUAAGAGUCGUAGGCACUGGAAUCCUGAGUCCGUCUACUUUUCUCCCUUAUUUUGUAAUCGUAUGGCUGACAAAAUCAACAACAUUACUAAGCAGUUGAAUGACUUGAAAGACUGGGCCAGCAUGAUCAACCUCGUGGUCUCAUUGAGAGGCCAACCUUGUCCAAAGCAACAUCCAAAGACAGAUUCUUUUCUUGAUAAUUCCACAGUAUUUGAAAGGGACGACGAUGUCUCAAGAAUUCUGAGCUUGUUGCGUGACUUGAGGAGGAGUAAACAUCCCAUCUCUGGCAUUUCUAUUGUAGGUAUGGCUGGGAUUGGAAAGACGACAAUAGCAAAAUCUGUAUACAUGAAAGCAAAGGAAGAACAGCUCUAUGAUCUGGCGGCCUGGGUGUGUGUAUCUGAGGACUUCAAUGAUCCAAACAUUUUAAGAGAGAUGUCAGAGCAUUUUCAUUGUAGUGUUGCUUCAAAGAAGAGUAUUAAUGCAUUGCUUGAAGAUCUUGCAAAAAAAUUAGAGAAUAAAACUUUUCUUCUCAUUCUUGAUGAUGUAUGGAAUGAAGAUCCUGACAAGGGGGAACAUUUCAGCUCUUGUUUGUUAAAAAUUCUAAAGACUACUGGGAGCUCUAUUGUCAUAACAACUCGUAGUGGAAAGGUAGCAUCCGCGAUGGAGUCAAUUCCUAUGCAACGCUAUAACAUGGAGAGGUUAUCUGAUGACGUGUGCUGGUUGAUAAUAAAAGAUAAAUUUCUUAGAUCAUCCACAGAAACUUCAAUGACUCCUGAUUUGGAAGCUAUUGGACAGGAUAUUGCAAAAAAAUGUAGAGGUUUGCCAUUAGUUGCUAGUGUCAUUGGAGGAACAUUGAGCCGUCAAACUAGUGCAGAUGAAUGGAAGGAUAUCAGAGAUGAUAAAGCAUGGAAUUUGAAUUCACCAGAUGGAGAGAAGAUUUUAUCUAUUCUGAAAAUAAGUUUCAAUAAUUUGACUUCUCCUUUGAAAAAAUGCUUUUCUUACUGUUCAAUUUUUCCAAAGGAUUUUGUCAUUGAAAAAGAUGAUUUAGUUCAACUCUGGAUGGCUCAAGGGUUUCUUUACCAACCUAAUGAAAGCUCUAUCACAAUGGAGGAUGUUGGCAAUGAUUACUUUAGUGAUUUGUUAUCUAACUCCUUAUUUCAAGAUGUGCGCAGGGACCAAUAUAGGAAUAUCAGAUCUUGCAAGAUGCAUGAUGCGGUGCAUGAUUUAGCAUUGUCUAUUUCAAAAGGUGAUACUUUUGUGUGGGAGACUGGUUGCAAAAUUGACCUGGAUGCUAAAAUUCGACAUUUAAGAGUAAAGCAUUAUUGGAACGAGCGUCCAAUCAUUCCAAGAGGUGUUGCUCAAAGAUUGCAUUCCUUGUUCUUGGAUGAGGUUGAUGUUUUCAUUUCCAGUGCAUCUGAUCUCAAAAGCUUGCGAGCUCUAAAAAUAGUGGGAGCUAGGCGGGGACAAUUGCCCAUUAUUGUUGGCAAACUGAAGCAUUUGAAAUACCUUGACCUCUCGCAAAGUAGAAUAGUUGUACCACAGAAAUUCUUUUUCAAACUCUACAAAUUGCAAACUUUUAGACUUAUGGGGUGCUUUUCUCUGCAAAUGUCUGAUGAGAUGAGAAAUUUGAUCAGCUUGAGACAUUUUCAUUUUGACAACAAAUGGUUGAUGCCAAGAGAGAUUGGGCAUUUAACUUCCCUUCAAACCUUACCAUUAUUUAUCGUGAGUAGGGCAAACCUGGACCAACUUGGAUGCCUAAGUCAACUUGGAGGAGCAUUGAAAAUAUGCAACCUUGAAUUUGCCAGAGCUAUGUCAGAAGCCGUCAAAGCAAACUUGGACAAGAAGACAAAAUUGGAUGAGUUGGAAGUUGAAUGGAACAGAAACAAUGAAGACUACAACAAUUAUGAGGUUUUGGAAGGUCUAAGGCCUCCCUCAAAUUUGAAACACUUGACCAUUGAAGGUUAUGAGGGAGAAAAGUUUCCCUCGUGGCUGGAGAUGGGUGUUCAAUUUGUUGGCGAUUCCUCUCCACUGGACAAUCUUUUGACUUUGAAGUUACAUAACUGCAAUGAAUGUGUAGAGAUUCUGAGUUUGGGAUUUAUACCUAAGCUCGAGGAUCUUGAAAUAAGAGGAAUGCCAAAGGUGAAACGUAUGGGUAGCAAGUUUUGUCUUGACAGAAGCAAUAUGACAAGUAGCAGUUGUGAUGAUAAAAAAUCAAUCAUAUUGUUCCCAGCUUUAAAAAAACUCACUAUAAGAGACAUGGAAAUCCUAGAGGAAUGGGCAGAAAUAGAAGGCACCACCAUCUUUCCUUGCCUUGAGGAUUUAUAUGUUGAAAAUUUUCCAAAGUUAAAGACCUGGUCAAUGAGUGGGUUUUCAUCUCAUCAUAAGCUCUCAAAAGCGGAUAUACAUGAUUGUCUAAACCUAGUGACUCUUCCAAGUAUGGAACGGCUCUUAUCUCUUAGAAGUUUAACCUUAACUAAAUUAGGAUCUCUCCCAAGUGGGCUGGGCUCCUGCAGUUUUCUCAAGUAUUUGCUCCUUGAACGGUGCUGUAUGUCCUUUCUGAGCAUGAAGGAGAUGAUCUCUCUUGAAACAUUAGAAAUUCGUCGGUGUAAUGAACUGGUUUGUGUGUCAGGGCUGGAAUCCUGCAUCUCUCUCCAAAAGUUGAGUAUUUUCUGUUGUGACAAUAUAAUUUCUAUUUCAGAAGAUGUUGGAAGAUCAAGUUCGCUAACUUUUUUGGAGAUUACUGGGUGUGAAAAUCUAAGGAGCAUUCCGGAGGAGUGGGUGGGUAUGAAUACCCAAUUGAAGGAGUUAAUAUUCGGUCCCUUCUGGUCAGAGUUGGAGGAAUAUCCAGGACUCACUUCUAUCCUUCAACUCCAAGCCUCCCUUAGAUCUUUGACACUUGGUGGAUGGGAUAAACUAAAGUCUCUGCCACAUCAGCUUCAACAUCUCACUGCCCUCAAGUCAUUGCAGUUAUAUAACUUCAACAGCCUGGAUGCUUUGCCAGGGUGGUUGGAAAACCUCACUUCUAUUCACAGGCUGCAGAUUUGGGAUUGCUCUAAUUUGACUCAUCUGCCUUCUAUCGAAGCCAUGCGACGCCUCUCCAACUUAUAUAACUUCAACAGCCUGGAAGCUUUGCGAGAGUGUUUGGAAAACCUCACUUCUCUUGAGAGCUGGGGCGUUUAUAACCGUGCCAAAUUGAAGAUUCCACAAAUAGAGCAGGCCCGAGGAUCUAUUAAUAAAUGUGGAUCAGGUGCAAUCCAAAUAACACUGGGCCGAACCGGAGCGUUCAAUACAUAUCAAGGUUUACCUUAUUUUAACAGCAGAAAAGAAUUGCAUGCAUUGAACUUGAUCACUGUGAUUGAUCUUGAUUGGUAUCUUCCUGUUGUACUGCAGAGCAUAACAUCUCUCUCAUCCAUGUGCUUGCCAUAUUAUCAGCUGGUUAGUAUUUGCCGGGUGGUGUUAUUGCCACAGCCACUAAUGUUAAUGCCACAGGCUGUGGCAUUAACAUUAAUGGCUGUGGCAAUAACACCACCCGUAUUUGCCAUGACCAUGAGCCUAUUUUGCUGGAAUAUUUGCUUUUGGGCUGCACUUGUUGCAAACAAAAAUAGCAGAACUUCAUCAAAUCCUUUGAUUGACUUGGAGAAGGGUUUUGAGAUUUUGGCACAAUACAGAGGAAUCGUUGGAACCGAGGAUGAUUUUUUAUGCAUAUUUUGUGGAAAACAUACUGAAUCUGCUACUCAUUUGUUCUUCACUUGUGAGGCGACUUGGGCACUUUGGCAAGCUUCAUACGCAUGGUGGGGCCUGCAGACUGUUCUUGCAUGUGAAGGCUGGAACCACCUACAACAACACGUUGGAAUGCUACAAAUUGGAAUUUUAAAGCAAGCAUGGUAUGUGAUUUGGUUUUCAGUUAUCUGGUCCAUUUGGUUGUGGAGGAACAAAUUGAUGUUCAAAGAAGGAAAUGACAAUCUAGCUACUGUGGUGGAUUUAAUGAAGCUACGUUCGCUAAGCUGGGUGAAAGCCAACCUAAAUGAAAAAAUGCCCAAGGAGCUAUGGAUUGAGAACCCCAGGGAAGCAUGUAAAAAAGCACAAACCAUCUAGGAAAAUUAUGUGGGACUGUUUUGAGUAGUGUAAUUUAAUCAACUUUUGUGAUGAUGUAAUGGGUUAGAGUACCCUUGUACUCCUUAAUAAAAUUAUUUUGCUGAU